CAGGUCCUCAAUUCUAGAACACAAUGUCGCAAAGAGAUGCAGAUAAGUACCUUUAUGUGGACAAAAACAUCAUUAAUAACCCCUUGACUCAGGCUGACUGGGCAGCUAAGAAGCUGGUAUGGGUUCCCUCAGAGAAGAAUGGGUUUGAGGCAGCUAGCCUGAAGGAAGAAGUAGGAGAUGAGGCCAUCGUGGAACUGGCAGAGAAUGGGAAGAAGGUGAAAGUAAAUAAGGAUGACAUCCAGAAGAUGAACCCUCCCAAAUUCUCUAAAGUGGAAGAUAUGGCAGAGCUGACAUGCCUGAAUGAGGCUUCUGUGCUUCACAACUUGAAAGAGAGAUACUACUCGGGACUGAUCUAUACCUACUCAGGCUUGUUCUGCGUGGUAAUCAAUCCUUACAAGAACCUGCCCAUAUACUCAGAAGAAAUAGUGGAGAUGUACAAAGGCAAAAAGAGACAUGAGAUGCCCCCUCAUAUCUAUGCCAUCACAGACACAGCCUACAGGAGUAUGAUGCAAGAUCGGGAAGAUCAGUCCAUCCUUUGCACAGGUGAAUCGGGAGCUGGUAAGACAGAGAACACCAAGAAGGUCAUUCAGUAUCUGGCUCAUGUUGCUUCCUCACACAAGUCUAAAAAAGACCAGGGAGAACUGGAGAGACAGUUGCUCCAGGCUAAUCCCAUCCUGGAGGCCUUUGGAAAUGCUAAGACAGUAAAGAAUGACAACUCCUCAAGAUUUGGCAAGUUCAUCAGAAUCAACUUUGAUGUCAAUGGCUACAUUGUUGGAGCUAAUAUUGAGACCUAUCUGCUGGAGAAGUCACGUGCAAUUCGUCAAGCCAAAGAGGAGAGAACCUUCCACAUCUUUUACUACCUGCUGUCUGGGGCAGGGGAGCAUUUGAAGACUGAUCUGCUGCUGGAGCCUUACAACAAAUAUCGCUUCCUUUCCAAUGGGCAUGUUACGAUCCCAGGUCAGCAAGACAAAGAUAUGUUUCAGGAGACUAUGGAAGCAAUGAAGAUCAUGGGCAUUCCAGAUGAAGAGCAGAUAGGUCUGCUGAAGGUUAUCUCAGGUGUUCUUCAACUUGGCAACAUAGUCUUCAAGAAGGAGCGUAAUACAGACCAAGCCUCUAUGCCAGACAAUACAGCUGCUCAGAAGGUGUCUCACCUUUUGGGUAUCAAUGUGACUGAUUUCACUAGAGGUAUCCUGACUCCUCGCAUCAAAGUUGGGCGAGAUUAUGUCCAGAAAGCUCAGACCAAAGAGCAGGCGGACUUUGCCAUUGAAGCGCUGGCUAAGGCCACUUACGAACGUAUGUUCCGGUGGCUGGUUAUGCGUAUCAACAAGGCAUUGGAUAAGACCAAGCGACAGGGUGCAUCCUUCAUUGGAAUCCUUGACAUUGCUGGCUUUGAGAUUUUCGAGCUGAACUCCUUUGAGCAGUUGUGUAUUAACUACACAAAUGAAAAGUUACAGCAGCUCUUUAACCACACCAUGUUCAUUCUGGAGCAAGAGGAGUACCAGAGGGAGGGCAUCGAGUGGAAUUUCAUUGACUUUGGCCUGGAUCUGCAGCCGUGCAUUGACCUCAUAGAGAAGCCGGCUGGGCCUCCUGGUAUACUGGCCCUGCUGGAUGAAGAGUGCUGGUUCCCAAAAGCAACAGACAAAAGUUUUGUGGAAAAAGUUGUACAAGAACAAGGCACCCACCCCAAAUUUCAGAAGCCAAAACAGCUGAAAGACAAAGCUGACUUCUGUAUCAUACAUUAUGCUGGCAAGGUGGAUUAUAAAGCAGACGAAUGGCUGAUGAAGAACAUGGAUCCGCUGAAUGAUAACAUUGCUACUCUUCUUCACCAGUCGUCGGAUAAGUUUGUGUCUGAGCUGUGGAAAGAUGUUGACCGUAUUGUUGGGCUGGAUCAAGUAGCUGGUAUGUCAGAUACAGCAUUGCCAGGGGCCUUUAAAACCAGGAAGGGUAUGUUCCGAACAGUGGGACAGCUCUAUAAAGAACAGCUGGCUAAACUGAUGGCCACCUUGAGGAACACCAACCCCAACUUCGUCCGUUGUAUUAUCCCCAACCAUGAGAAAAAGGCUGGAAAACUAGAUCCCCACUUGGUCCUUGACCAGCUUCGCUGUAAUGGGGUGCUGGAGGGAAUCCGUAUUUGUCGUCAAGGUUUUCCCAACAGAGUUGUAUUCCAGGAAUUCAGACAAAGAUAUGAAAUCUUAACUCCAAAUGCAAUUCCCAAAGGAUUUAUGGAUGGAAAGCAGGCUUGUGUGCUGAUGAUCAAAGCAUUGGAGCUGGAUUCCAACCUCUAUCGAAUUGGACAGAGUAAAGUCUUUUUCAGAGCUGGAGUCCUUGCUCAUCUUGAAGAAGAGCGAGACCUGAAGAUCACAGAUGUCAUUAUUGGCUUCCAAGCCUGCUGUAGAGGCUACCUGGCCAGAAAAGCCUUUGCCAAGCGCCAGCAGCAAUUGACAGCCAUGAAAGUGCUUCAGAGGAACUGCGCUGCCUAUUUGAAACUGCGGAACUGGCAAUGGUGGAGGUUGUUCACCAAGGUGAAACCUCUUCUGCAAGUUAGCAGACAGGAAGAGGAGAUGAUGGCCAAGGAAGAAGAACUAAUAAAGGUCAAGGAGAAGCAGCUAGCUGCAGAAAAUAGGCUUAGUGAGAUGGAGACCUUCCAGGCGCAGCUAAUGCAAGAGAAGAUGCAGCUGCAGGAACAGUUGCAAGCAGAAACUGAACUCUGUGCUGAGGCUGAGGAGAUAAGAGCCCGCUUGACAGCCAAGAAACAAGAACUGGAGGAAAUAUGUCAUGACCUGGAAGCAAGGGUGGAGGAAGAAGAAGAACGGUGUCAACAUCUGCAGGCUGAAAAGAAGAAAAUGCAGCAGAACAUCCAGGAACUAGAGGAGCAGCUUGAGGAAGAGGAAAGCGCAAGGCAGAAGUUGCAGCUAGAAAAAGUGACCACAGAGGCCAAAUUGAAGAAACUGGAAGAAGAUGUGAUAGUUCUGGAAGAUCAGAAUCUCAAAUUGGCUAAGGAAAAGAAACUGUUGGAAGACAGAAUGUCUGAAUUUACAACAAACCUGACAGAGGAGGAGGAGAAGUCUAAGAGUUUAGCCAAACUCAAGAAUAAGCAUGAGGCCAUGAUCACAGACCUUGAAGAACGUCUGCGACGUGAAGAAAAGCAGAGGCAAGAAUUGGAGAAGACUCGUCGAAAGCUUGAAGGAGACUCCAGUGAUCUGCAUGACCAGAUUGCUGAGCUGCAGGCUCAGAUUGCAGAACUCAAAAUGCAGCUGGCCAAGAAGGAAGAGGAGCUGCAGGCAGCCUUAGCUAGGGUGGAAGAAGAGGCAGCUCAGAAGAACAUGGCCCUGAAAAAGAUCAGGGAGCUUGAAUCCCAGAUCACUGAGCUGCAGGAAGACCUGGAGUCAGAGAGAGCAUUCAGGAAUAAAGCUGAAAAACAGAAACGGGAUCUGGGAGAAGAGCUAGAAGCAUUGAAAACAGAACUAGAAGACACACUAGAUUCUACAGCUGCUCAGCAAGAGCUCAGGUCAAAGAGAGAGCAAGAAGUAACGGUUUUGAAGAAGACCCUUGAAGAUGAGGCGAAGAUUCAUGAGGCUCAAAUCCAAGAGAUGAGGCAGAAACAUUCACAAGCUGUUGAAGAGCUGGCAGAGCAGUUAGAACAAAACAAGCGGGCGAAAGCAAAUCUUGAAAAAGCAAAACAAGUUCUGGAAAGUGAGAAGGCCGAACUGUCCAAUGAGGUGAAGGUUCUUCUGCAGGGCAAAGGGGAUGCUGAGCACAAGCGGAAAAAAGCAGAUGCUCAGCUCCAAGAACUGCAGGUGAAGCUUACAGAAGGUGAAAGAGUGAAGACUGAACUAGCUGAGAGAGUUAACAAAUUGCAGGUCGAGUUGGACAAUGUCACAGGUCUUUUGAACCAGUCUGACAGCAAAUCAAUCAAAUUAGCAAAGGACUUCUCUGCUCUGGAAUCACAGCUUCAGGAUACACAGGAGCUGCUGCAGGAAGAGACUCGCCUAAAACUGAGCCUCAGCACUAAGCUGAAGCAAAUGGAAGAUGAGAAGAACAGUUUCAAAGAGCAGCUGGAAGAAGAGGAGGAGGCAAAGAGAAACCUGGAGAAACAGAUAUCUGUCCUUCAGCAACAGGCAAUAGAUGCAAAGAAAAAGAUGGAUGAUGGUCUGGGAUGCCUUGAGUCAGCAGAGGAAGCCAGGAAGAAGCUGCAGAAGGACUUGGAGGGCUUGAGCCAGCGUUAUGAAGAGAGGACAGCUGCGUAUGACAAGCUGGAAAAAACAAAGACUCGCCUGCAGCAAGAGCUGGACGACCUCACUGUGGACCUGGAUCAUCAGCGACAGAUCGUUUCCAACCUAGAGAAGAAGCAGAAGAAGUUUGAUCAGCUAUUGGCAGAGGAAAAGAACAUCUCUGCCAAGUAUGCAGAAGAACGGGACCGUGCCGAGGCAGAAGCCCGUGAGAAGGAGACUAAGGCCCUCUCCCUGGCCAGAGCCCUGGAAGAAGCCAUAGAGCAGAAAGCUGAGCUGGAACGAAUCAAUAAGCAGUUCCGCACUGAGAUGGAAGACCUGAUGAGUUCAAAGGAUGAUGUUGGGAAAAGUGUCCAUGAGCUGGAGAAGGCUAAGCGAGCCCUGGAGCAGCAGGUGGAGGAGAUGAAGACACAGCUGGAAGAGCUGGAGGAUGAACUGCAGGCCACAGAGGAUGCCAAACUGCGGCUAGAAGUGAACCAACAGGCCAUGAAGGCACAGUUUGACCGGGACCUUCAGGGUCGUGAUGAACAGAAUGAAGAGAAGAAGAAACAGCUGAUUAGACAAGUGCGGGAGAUGGAGGUGGAAUUGGAAGACGAACGAAAACAGCGCUCCAUUGCUGUGGCUGCAAGGAAGAAGCUAGAGAUGGACCUGAAGGAUUUGGAAAGCCAUAUAGACACUGCUAACAAGAAUCGUGAAGAAGCCAUCAAGCAGCUCCGCAAACUGCAGGCACAAAUGAAGGAUUACAUGCGAGAACUGGAGGACACACGUACUUCUAGAGACGAGAUCUGGGCACAGGCCAAAGAAAAUGAGAAGAAGUUGAAGAGCAUGGAGGCAGAGAUGAUCCAAUUGCAGGAGGAACUUGCAGCUGCUGAGCGUGCCAAGCGCCAGGCCCAGCAAGAAAGGGAUGAGUUGGCUGAUGAGAUUGCCAACAACAGUGGUAAAGGAGCACUGGCCAUGGAGGAAAAGAGACGUCUGGAGGCCCGGAUAGCUCAGCUGGAGGAGGAGUUAGAAGAAGAACAGGGCAACACAGAGAUAAUCAAUGACCGGCUCAAGAAGGCAAAUCUUCAGAUCGAUCAGAUGAACGCCGACCUGAAUGCUGAGCGUAGCAAUGCGCAGAAGAAUGAGAAUGCUCGCCAGCAGAUGGAGCGCCAGAACAAGGAGCUUAAGCUCAAACUGCAGGAGAUGGAGAGUGCAGUAAAGUCCAAGUACAAGGCUACUAUCACGGCCUUGGAAGCGAAGAUAGCGCAGCUGGAGGAGCAGUUGGACAUGGAAACAAAGGAGCGCCAGGCUGCCAGCAAGCAGGUGCGCCGUGCCGAGAAGAAGCUGAAAGAUGUCUUGCUACAGGUGGAUGAUGAGAGGCGCAAUGCUGAGCAAUUCAAAGAUCAGGCGGACAAGGCAAAUAUCCGCUUGAAGCAGCUCAAACGCCAGCUUGAGGAAGCAGAAGAGGAGGCCCAGCGAGCCAAUGCAUCCCGCAGGAAGCUCCAGCGUGAGCGGGAGGAUGCCACUGAAACAGCUGAUGCAAUGAAUAGAGAAGUCAGCUCCCUGAAGAGCAAACUCAGGCGCGGGGACCUGCCUUUUGUCGUGACACGUCGAGUUGUCAGGAAGGGUGCAGGAGAGUGCUCUGAUGAGGAAGUGGACGGCAAGGCAGAUGCUGGUGAUGCCAAAGCUACUGAAUAAGUCCUCCCAUUUGACCCAGGUUACACGUGUUGGAGUGACCCAUCCACCCUCCCCUCUUCAUUGGACUUUCAGCAAACCCUCUCCUCCUAAGUUGGCUGGGGAUCUGCAGAGCAAGCCCAGCUCUGUGUAUCUAGAGCCAUCGGUCAUCUGUGUUCCUAGUUUCCUGCUCUUUCUGGUUUCCUAAUCCUCUUUGUAUUUAAUGCCAAAGAGUCGGGGCUCUGAAAUCUGACCAGCAGUUUGGCCACUGCAAAGGCCCGUAGAACUGUCCGUGCCAUGUCUGCUGGUGAAUC